AUGUACUAUUUUUUUUUAGUUGGGGCUACAUUUGUCGACAAAUUCUUAAACUUAAGCGGCAACAUAGAAAAUCUUGAUUUGAACACCAUUGUUGACCAAAACUCCAAACAAUUAUUGAAAAUUGAAGAUAAAAUUUUCCAGAAUCAUUUAAACGUUAAUGGUACAUUGAGUAUCAACAAAAAUGUUAAUGGAAUAGAAUUGAAGAAAUUUUGCACAUUUUCUGAACCAAAUGAAAAACUGCAAACUUUGAAAAUCAAAGGCAAUGUCCUAUUCAGUAAAGGCCCUAAAAUACUCAAUUUUAAUGGUGAAAGUGUGAAGGGCUUAAUGAAAAAUGUAUGGUUCAGUGAUGUAGCUGCCAAUAUUUCAGCAAGUGUGCACCUGAAAAAUGUAACUUUUAAUAAAUCGCUGAACGUUUCAGCAUUUGUGGAUUCAAUAAAUCUAGAUUUGCUAUCCGAAAACUACUUAAGCAAAUCCAAAAAUCAAAUAAUCAGUUCCUCUAUUGCCUUCAGUAAUGUGACAUUUUUAAAUAUAUCCACUCCAAGUCUUAAAUACAUGGGGCCAAUCAAUGGCAUUGUAAUCGAGGACAUCCUUAAAAGAGUACUUAUUCAAGGAGAACCGCAAAUAUUCGAAAGAACUGGUUAUUUCGAGGAAGUUUUAGUUCAAAAUUUAAUUGAAGAUGCUGAAUACACAGUUAAUAAUCUGAGCUUUAAUACUGAUAUAAUGCGAUACGAUCAACAAAAUAUUGUCACGGGUCAAAAAACUUUUGAAAAUUUAAGGGUGGAAACUUUGAAUUUAACUCACAAUGUAAAAAUCCAAAAAGUUGAUAUAUUAGAUUGGUUAUCUAAUGCUGUGUUAACUAAAGGAGUUAUCAGGGUCAAAGAAAAAAAGAGUUUCGACAGGGCUACAUUCAGUCAAGGAUUAAGUUUAAGAGGCAAGUUUAAUGGUGAAGAUUUCACUGAGGAGAAUAUCAUGUUAGUCAAUAUGCCUCAAAAUAUUACAGGCAAAAAAAUCUUCUCCAAGUCAACUCAAUUCAAGACAUUAAUGGUCAAAGGAUUGGUGAAUAACAUUGAUAUAGAGAAACUUGUCCAAAAUCAGACAAAUCGUCAUGAAAACUCUACAAUCAACUCAGAAAUUAUUUUCGAUAACGACGUUGAAGCUAAAAAUAUCAACGUUGAUAUUUUAUAUGAUGAUAUAAAUGUUACUCAGCUUAUAGCCAAUGUGACUAAACUUAGAAAUUUAGAUAGUCUUAAAGGCAAAUUUAGGGAUCUUUUAAAUAUGGGGAUGGAAAUAGAAGGAUAUUUGAAGAAUCAUGCAAAACUUUUCAAAUACUACAAAGAAAUAAUUCAAUUCCCUGCCGUCGACGACAUUUUCGGCCUAAAAUGCGAUGAUGGAAUAUUCAGGAUCGUCGUAUUUUGCGUGGCAUCUAAUCAAUUCAAGACUUUUGAAUGGGAUGCUGAAAAGGGGACGUUUGUUUUCUCAGGUGUAAUUUUUAAAUCUCCGUCAAAACCCAACUUCAUGCAACAAGUAACUCUUGGUGACCGAGCUUACCUUUACAUUGAAAAUCCUUUGCAAAAUCACAAUGAACUUCAUUCUGGUCGUCUCAUCAAAGUUCUCAGCCCAACAACAUUCGAAAUAGUGGCAGAAUUUCAUAGAACCGCAACAAUUUCGUUAAUUUCAUUUGUAAAUUUUGCAAGACAAGGUUGUUUAGGGUUUAUCGGAAAUAGUUUGUCUGGAAUCGAUAUCUUAUGCGAUGAAAACGGUUACAACUAUUAUUGGUCCCAAAGGAUUAGGUUGGAAGGAGCUUACAAAGCUACAACUCUGGAAACACCUGACUCUGUAUAUCUAUUUGUGACAAGAUAUGGACGAGCAUUUAAAGAGCCUUCUAUAGUGAUUUUCCAAAGUGGCAAAGAUACAUCAGAUUUUAUAGAAAUACAAACGAUUUUUGAAAGAACAAGCCCAAAUGGAUUGGCAACAGCUUUCAUCAGCAAUUGCCCUUUUGUAGCACUUUCGUUUGGCUCCCAAGAAGAAACAGUAGAUUCUGGAUGGAUUUCCAUUAAAAAGCUUGAUAAUAACCAAUUCAUUGAUUGGCAACACAUUCCUUUAACGACACCACAAAAUGUCCAUUUUAUAAACCAACCUUCAUUUGAACCUUUAAUUUUGGUACCUUCGGCUGAUGUCAGCGCACCUUUACACACUUUCCAGUACGAUGGUGCCGCUGGAUUCAAAGAAAUUUCAAAAGGAUCAUCUUUGCCAGUGAGCUCUAAAAUUAAAAUUUUAGGAAAUGGGCACUUUUUGGCUACGUUGCAGCACACUAGGGGUACUGGUACUAUUUUGGGUGCCGUUGUAUUGUAA